UUGGUGGACGUGUUGUACACAAAAACUUUGUAAUUAUCAACACAGUUGUUUGUGAUUUUACUGUUUAUUACAUUUUUAUUCUACAAAAUUAUGGAAUUUUAAAAGAGAAACAAAUAUUAAAAUAUUGAAAAGGUAUUUUUUUUAGUGUUACCUUUAAAAAAACAUGUACAAACAGGAGGAUCUUUGUAGAGUUUUGAGAAUAAAUGACUCAAACACGUGCAUUGAAAAAUAUGCAUUUUCAUUUUUCUUUUCGUACGCAAACAUUUGUCAAAUUUGUUUUUCACAUGAGCGUGACACACGAUUAAAACGAUGUACACGAUGUAAAAUGGUUUUUUAUUGCGGAAAAGAACAUCAAAAGGAACACUGGCCAAUUCAUAAAGAAUUUUGUCAUGUCGCAACGAAAUUAUUGCAAAAAUUUGGUGGAUCAAAUCUAUUUGAAAGAAUGAAAACCGAUCAACAAACACGAAUCGAUUGGAAAAAUUGUCUUGUUGAUUUCUUUGAAAGUGAAUUGAAACGCAAACUUAUUCCCUAUGAGAAGUCGUUAAUUUUUUUUCCAAAACUUUGCGCCAUUUGUUAUGAAAGUGAUCCAAAGUGUUUAAUGUUUUGUUAUAAUUGUCCACACGCAUGUUUUUGUAAAAAACAUUAUCAAAAUGAGUCACACCAGUCACACUAUGAUGAUUGUCAAUUAUUUUCCCAAGGAUUAUUAUUAAAUGCUAUGGGAAUUACUUUUAAAGCUGCGCCGAUUCCAGGUGUCAUUAAAAGUGUUGAGUACAAUAUGAAAAAAGCUCGUCUUCCAAAUGAUAUGCAAGAUUUUCUCGACUAUCACUGCAGAUGUAAAAAAUCAAUUUUAAAAGAUUUUAAACGAAAUGAAGUUCAAAUGUACAUGUCGGAACAUUUAACGAGACCUUUAACUGUACUUUAUGCAUUGCAAAAAAUUCGUUAUUCAAACGAAGAAACAAUGAUAAUUCACGUGAUUGGAGCUAAUAAUUACGAAGAAGUGAGCCAAUCGUCCUGGGAAGUUUUAUUUCACUGGCUGCCGGAUUUAGUCACCUUGAGAAUUAUCCUAAUUGGACCGGAAUGCUCGAAAGUAAAUUAUGAAACAAGUUUACCACUUUGUAAAAGUUGUACUAAAAAUUCGCGAAAAUUAUUUCUCGAAUCGUAUCCAUUGCUCUAUAAAGAUUAUUGGAAGAGUGAAAAAUUCACAAAACCAAAUAUCGUCGUUUCUUUCAAUGCAAGUCUCAAAGUCUAUAAUACUUGGAUUGAAUCAUUAAAACUACUGACAAAAGUGGAUUGUCCCUUUAUCUUAACGACUUACAGUGUACCUGAAAUUGAUACGGAUCACGAAAUAAUGUUGGAAGUCUUUGGUCACCCAGCACGUUAUACAUUUCGUCUAAAGAAUCCAUUUGCCAGUUUGAGGCCCUAUCGUGAUGUUGUUAAUACUAAUGUAUUUUUUCGAAAUACGGGAGUAAUGAUCUACACAAAAUUGGGACAAAAAGUCAUUCAAACAAAUUUAACUGGAUUAUUUUUAACUAGUGAGAAGACUGAAAAUCAUCAAAAAUUUGUCGAAAGAGAUGAUAACCUCGCUGUACUCAGAAGUAUGGUGAAGCAUUUACAAUUCAAAAAACUCGAGAAGACUGAAGAAGAACAAUGUAUAGAAUUUUUUUAUCACACAAUACUUCUCGUUCUGGUAUUUUUUAUCUUUCUGUUUUUUUGGCAUGUCUAUAGAACGUUAUUGAUAUUUAGAAGUAUUUAAAAAAAUAAGUGUUUAAAAAACAUCCGUUUUAAUUUUAAAUGUUUUUAAAAGUUUUAAUAUUGCAAAAUGUUUAUUGGAAAAAAUAUUAAAAAUACGUUAAUAAAUGUUUAAUAAU